AUGGAAGCACUACUCAUAUUGUGUUUUAUUUUUGUGCUCAUUUACUCAUGUGUUUCAUGGCUAUUACCAGCUGUUUUAUCAUGGCUUUUCAAAAGGAAGUAUCAUAUCAAAUUAAAAAUUGGGAGAAUAGCAAUACCUAAGCUAAUCUUAUGUGAUGUAAGCUUAGCAAAAGAUGGCUACUCUAUUCAUAUUGAAAAUGUAUCAUUCCGAAGUAGUUUCUUUAAUUCAGAAAUCAACAAGUUAGUUUCUGUAGUGGUCAACAAUGUAGUAGUUACUAAUAAUGCAGAGGAAAAGAGGAGUGCCGUUGUUGAGACCAUAUUAAAGCCACUACUGUCUAAACAGAAUUCAAAUUCAAGAUCUGAAGGGCUUAAUGAUGAUACAAAUGGUGAAAGUAUUCAGGAAAAAGAUUUCAGUUACAUUACUUCACAACAAUUGUUAGAUUUUAGAAAUAAGAAGCUACCACCAAGUCUUGUUAUGUUUGCACAGUUUAUGGGUGUCCAUAUCUAUGAUGCUAUUAUAAAUAUAAGCAGUGCAGAUAAUGGAUGUAAUUUGCUUGCAUCGGCUACACAGAUCCAUGUAGAUGGUGCAGCCGGAGGCCCAGCAAGGACAUUAGUGUUCUCAGCUAAUAUUGAUAAUGCUAGGGUCAGAGUAAUAAAAAAUACCAAGGACUUAGCUGAAGUCUCUUGUAAGAAUGUAUUGCUUGAAGGCACUGUAAAAGCAGAGGGACCAUUGAAUGUAGAGAAAAUUCAUACAGUCAUAAGUAAUCCAAAUAUAUUAGUACAAGAUGAGUUGUACCUUUACCUCCAGAAGCACAAAAGGAGGAAAACGCCCAAUGUGCUAUAUUAUGGUGAUAACCACUACAAUACUCUAUUACCAAGACUCGCUCCUGUUAUACCAAAGAUAUUUAGCUUAAAAAUCGAAGCAACGAAGAUUGGUUAUAUGGACAAUAACACACAGACAAAUUUUCAGAUGAAUUUACACAGCUUAGAAGUAAAUUCUAGAUUUAGUGCAGCAUCAAUAGUAUCCAACUUGCGUCUAGGCCCGCAAAUGUACGUGGCGUUUCAAAUGGAUGCACUGGAACUGAAAGCUAACGUGGAUACUAUUUUGUUCCUCGAUAAACUUAAAUUAGAUGCAAAGUUGGAAAAAGGUGUCCUCAAUUUGUACCUUAUAAUCAGUACGCUGAACGUGUUCUACGAUCACAGUAACGCAUUCAAAUGGUACACGGCAUGGCAGAAACUAAAGAAAUCUAGACCGUUAGUUGUUGAAACACCGGAACGAUCAUGGGACGCGGAGUCGUGGUGGGGGCGGCUCGCGAGCAGCUGCACGGUGCAGGGCUGCGCCGAGCUGCGCGGCGUGGCGCUGCGGGCGGAGGCGGGGCGCGGCGCGCGCGCGCUCUGCGCCGGCUGCAGCGGCCUCAAGGUCAAGCUGGACCAGCUGCUGGACACCAGGGAGGAGCCCUACAAGUGGGUGGUGGCGCAGCUGGUAGUGGGGUCGCGGCACUGGAGCGCCGAGCUGCUGGUGGACGGCGGCUGGGCGCGCGCGGCGCCGGGGGCCGCGCCGCCGCCGCGCCGCGCGCACGCCUGGGGCUCCGCCCUGCUCGCCGUCGCGCUCGUCAAGUGGGGCACGCACGGCCCUAGGGACUCUAAGAUCGAGGCUAUGAUGGACUGUCUCCGGCUGGAGUGGAGUCCCGUAAUCGCAGAGACCAUCAUCUGUUUCGUGGACUGUCUCAAUGAAUAUAAAACAAUGCCCACACCAACUUCAUCUCCAGAAAUUGACGACGACUCUUCAUCCAACAUAGCAGUUAAUGUGGCUCUCUCCCAUAUAAACUUGUUCCUUAUAAUUAAUGAUAAAACGUGUCUCAUGACAAGAAUUGAUGCUGUGACGUUGGAGAAGACGAACGUGAAGUCAAGUGCGGUGGUGUCGGGGUUCAAGAUGGCGGAAAUGGUACCUUAUCUAGGUAAUGUGCACUGUCAAAGAAGUGAUGAGAUCCCAACGUCAGUGUUCUACGCGCGUCUCGCUCGCAUCGAACAUGUGCCGUCCAAGGAACGACACUCAGUGCUGUUAGACUUCCAAUUUCUAGAAAAUAUCGAAGCUGAAUGGAGCGCCAAUUUACAUCUCAAAAUACUCACUUUGGUACGAGCCAUUAGAAGCUUUAAGGACGACUUAAAAUUAAAGAUGGAAAGAGAUGGAAGUAUAGGAGGGUCGGAGCAAAGAAGAAAGAGAGCAAUAGAUUGGAGGGUUUCAUUCAAGAGUGAAACUAAUUUAAGUCUUAUUUUGUCUCAAGAGAAUAAUAUGCUAUUUGGUACAGACGACAUGACAGUAGCAUACGACCACGAGAAAGGCCUGUCGAUACAAUGGAGUCAGCUGAAGAUGGUGCUGAACGGUGACGAGAUCAUCACGGUGGGCGGAUACUCCAUGUGCCGUGCGCAGGACGACCCCGACGUCAGGGUCGAGAGGAAGGCCAGCGAGGGGUUCGUGCUCAUGUGGAACAAGGUUUGGGCCGUGAACGUUGGGUUAGUCAGAGUUAUAUUCCCCUACAAACAUCGAUUCGCGGAGGCGGUGCAGGGGGAGUUCGUGUCGCUAUUCAAAUGGAUUAAAAUUAUACACGGUUUCAAAAAGAAACCCUUUACCGCGGACAGCCCUCUGCCUAGCGACUUACAUAUGAAGAUUGAUGAAAUAAUAAUUGAAAUGAGUGAUGAUCCUUUCGAAGUGAAACUAAGAGAUAAUUAUGAGCUUCUUGAGGACGAAUACAAGGAGAGUCAGAAACGGCGAAUGAUGUUAGAUGCAAAGGUGAAGGAGCUGUGCAAGCCGCACCUGUUCCUGCCGGCGGGCAAGGUGGAGGAGCUGUACGCGGCGCUGCGGCACAAGGACGCGCAGAUCUACGUGCAGCGCACGCGCGCCGCGCCGCCGCCGCGCUCGCGCCUCGUGGCCUGCUGCCUGGGCGCGCUGCGCGUGCUGGCGCUGGCCGACCCCGCCGUGCACGGCGCCGCGCGCGCCGCCGCGCGCCUGCGGGAGAUAGACGCCGACAGCCCGUGGCCGGAGGACGGGCUGGAGUUCUCGACGCUGUGGUGCCGCUCGGUGAGCGUGAGCUGCGCGCUGUGGCAGCUGCGCCUGCGCGACUUCCCGCAGCCGCUGCUCAGCAUGAGCGAGCUGCGCCUGUGGGGCACGCUGUGCGCCGCGGAGGAGGCGCCGCCGCCCAGGGCGGUGAGAACGGUGGUGAUCGAGCAAGGCGAGCCGUGGGGCCAGUUCGAGCUGGAGCGCAGCAUGAUGCCGCUCAAGUGGUACUACGACCUGUGCUGCGAGAUGACGGAGUACAGCUACGCCUUCGGCCCCUGCUGGGAGCCCGUCAUCGCGCACUGUAACCUGGCCUUCGACCAGGUGUCCCGGCCGUCGCUGGACCCGUCGGCGCCGCUGGCGUGGUGGGACAAGGUGCGGCUGCUGCUGCACGGCCGCCUCACGCUGCAGUGCGCCAAGUUCACCUGCCUGCUGCACGUGUCGCUCGACCCCUACAACACCACCGAGGAGAUGGAGGUCACGUGGAGCGACCUCGUGCUAGACUGGACUAACGGCAAGCUGGGGUUCCUGGGCGAGCUGAAGGUGUUCGUGCGCACGGCGAGCAAGUACGACGACUGCCGCGUGCUGCGCGUGCCGGCGCUGCGCCUGGCCGCCAAGCUGGGCUGGCAGUGCGUGGGCGAGCCGCGCGACCACCACGCCGUGGCGCCCUGCGCGCCCACGCGCCUGCCCGAGUACUCCAGCAACCAGGAACACGAUUCUUAUCGAGCAUUCCGGUCUCAAGGUCUCGAUAUACAUCUGAGCAUGGACACUAAGCCAAUAGAAGGAGAUGGACCGGUGCUAUUGCUUUACGGUAGCACACUGAGAUGGUUUGAGAGUCUCAAACUAAUCCUGUCCGGCACGACGCGGCCGACGCGCCGCGGCCGCGUGUUCAACAACCUGCGCCCGCGCAAGCCGCAGUUGUCAAGACAUUACAGGAAUGUUAGCGUUUCGCUCACCUUGCAUAAUUUACAAGUGUUCUACUGGUCGUCGUCGUCGAUGCAGCGCGGCAUCGAGAUGCGCGGCGCGCGCGUGACGUGCGCGUCGCGCCACCGCCUGGCGCUGGCGGCGGGCGGCGACGCGCUCAUCCGGCGCGCGCGCGCGCUGUGGGCCACGCUCUACAUGAACUGCGACCUCAACGACGCCGAGAUAUGGCUCAAGACGCCCGCGCUGCCGGAGAAGGACGCGGAUGAGAGUUCCAUCCCGCGCGCGCCGGCCAUGGAGAAGUGCUACUGCCUGUCGGUGCGGCGCGUGUCGUACGGGCGCGAGGCGGGCGGCGCGGGGGGCGCGGGGGGCGCGCCGGCGCACCGCCUCGCCGUGCACGACCUGCGCGGCGCGUGGACCAAGCUCAACCGCGACCUGGCCUUCGCGCUCAUUGAUACAUAUAUUAAGACACAGCAAUUGAAAAAGAAUUUAUCAACAAAAGCGUUGAAGGAAGAAGAAAAACCAGCAACGUCUCAGCAUCAAAGAGAUACCGAUGUAGUGUCGCCGCCUCCAGCGCCGGCGCAAUCGGGCAACGCGAACUGCUCGGGCGGCGCCAACAUGCUGGCGGCGCUGGUGGCGGAGGCGGGCGAGGCGGGCGGCGAGGCGCCCGUGGUGUUCAGCGACGAGCUGGCGGGCGCGGAGGCCGACGCGCCGCCCGCGCACACCUCGCACUCGCACCUCAAGCACGUGCUCGACGACGACAACUCCCACACCGCCUGCUUGAUCGAGCUGGUGAACUCGCAGGUGGUGCUGAAGGGGUGCGAGACGCGCGGCUACGUGAUCCUGUGCGCGGCGCGCGCGGAGGUGCGGCAGCGCGUGCGGCGCGCGCCCGCCGCCGCCGCCUGGAGCGGCGCGCUCUCCGCCAUGCAGUACUACGCCACCGUCAGCGCCGCCGACAGGGACCAGCUGGACGAGAACAUCCAGUGGGUGUCGGUGGAGGAGAUCGAGGAGCGGUGGCAGGGCGCGGAGCUGGGCGCGCUGCCCGACGUGCCGCGCCUGCUGGGCAGCGGCCACUCCGCCGGCGGCGUCAUCGGCCGCACCGUCGGGCCCUCCGCCGACGCCGGCCUCGCGCAGCUGCAACGCAUAGUGUCGCGGUGUGCGUGUGAGUUCCACUACGUGUCGCACGAGGAGAGCGAGGCGGGCGGCGGCGGCGCGGCGGCCGGCGCCGAGCCCUACGACUCCUUCACGCUCAUGCACCACGACCUAGAGGUCUCCACUAACUCCUUGCAGUACGCGAUGCUCCUCGACGUGGUGAACAACGUGGUGCUGCACGUGGAGCCCGAGCGGCGCCGCACGCUGGAGCGCCGCGCGCGCAUGCGCUUCCAGCUGCAGCUGCACCGCGACACCGACCCGCGCCACCUCAUACACAAGCUGCAGACGCAGGUGAGAGAGUCUCUAGCACGACUUCGACGUCUGGAGAAAGAAUAUUACCUUAAAAACCGGUGCAUCAAUGGGAAUGAUCCAGCAGCUCUCGCGGAGCUCAAGGCUCUGGAUGAUCAGGUGAACGAGUGCAAGGAGGCGGCGUGGUCGCUGGGCGAGGAGCUGGACGCGAUGGUGCGCGCGUGGCGCGAGGCGCGCGCCGCGGCGCCGGCGCCGCGCGCCACGCACGCGCCGCCGCACCGCUACAACGAGAUCUGCUUCAAGUCCGCGCGCUGGCGCCUCACCGACGCCGACGGCCAGCUCGGCAUCGCCGACCUGCUGCUCACCAACUUCCUGUACACGAAGACAUCGCGGUCUGACGACUCAGUGGAACAUCAGCUAGAGCUGGGCUACGUGCGAGUCACGAACCUGCUACCCAAUGAACCUUUCCCAGAAGUGCUGGCCCCGCAGGCGGCGUCGGGGCGCGCGCCGGUGGCGCGGCGCGCGGCGCUGCGCGUGUUCUGCCGCGACCGCCCGCCCGUCGGCGGCAUCUCCGUCAAGGAGCACUUCGAGGUCAACAUCGUGCCCAUACGGAUAGGUCUGACAAAGAAGUUCUUCAACACCAUGCUGAAAUUCUGUUUCCCUGAACGCGACCCGGACGCUAUAGAGGAGGGCGAGGAAGAAGGAGAAAGACCCGGCUCAAAGAAGCUGAAGAAGAAACCCAAAGACUCAAAUUCUAACUUCUACGUGAAGAGAGAUAAGAAGGAUAAGGAUGAUGUGGAAAAGAUGAAGGAGCGUGCAGAGAAGAACAAGCUGUUUAUCUACAUCAAGAUCCCGGAGGUGCCGGUGCGCGUCUCGUACAAGGGCAGCAAGGAGAAGAACCUGGAGGACGUGCGCGACCUGCCGCUGGUGCUGCCCACGCUGGAGUACCACAAUGUCACCUGGACCUGGCUUGACCUGCUGCUCGCCACCAAAAGUGACACCAGGAGAGUGAUAGUGUCGCAGGCGAUCCGACAGAAGCUGCAGCUGCACCGGCGCGCCGCCGCCGCGCCCGAGCCGCUCGAGGAGGACAAGGCGCGCCUGCUGCUGGGCGACCGCACCGUCGCAGAAAGCAAACCGCAUAAGAAGAGCACGCCGAGUGUAUUCAAAUUUUCCAAAUCG